AAACAUAUGGUAACAAAGAAGAAGAAGAAGUAAACAAAAAUACAUCGUUCGGUCCAGACUGCUGAUUUAAAAGUUGUGAAAUUUGAUGAUUGGACGCUGAAAAGAAGCAUAGACAACGCAUCGAUGAAUUGGUUUGUGCUAAGGGAAACCUAGCGAGUAAAAAUGUUUUAUCAAGCUGAACCAGAAGGAUCAGCAGUCGUUGCUGUUGCUGCUGAUCACGAUCCUGUUGUCGCAGCAGUCGAAGAAGUCGUAACAAUAAAUUCCACCAGUCCACCAGCUGCACAAAGAAAUCAAACGCUACAGGCCAUCGAUCCCAAUGUUAUUGUCAUUGAUGAUACACAGCCCACAUCGACGAAUUCACUAGGAAAUCCGUCUGCUGAUUACAACACAACGCCAUCACGAAAGCGAACAAGAAAAUCACAACUGACGGAGGCCACCCCGAAAAAACCGAAAAUUUGUGAAAACGAUGAUGAUGGUUCCAUUUGCCCGAUUUGUUUGGAUAAUUGGGAUACUGAUGGUGUCCAUCGUUUGGUAUCGUUGAAGUGUGGCCAUUUGUUUGGGGAUUCGUGCAUUCGGCGAUGGAUCCAGGAGAACAAUAAAUGUUGCCCGUCGUGUAAGAAAAAGGCUACGAGAAAUGAGAUUCGUCCGAUAUACGCCAACAAGGUGAUCGCAACAGAUACCACCGAAAUAAACGAAUACAAAAAAUUGCUGGAAAAGGAGCAACAGGCCACCAAAAUGCAUCGAGACGAGAUCGAUACGUUGCGAUUUCAGCUGAAACUGCAACGCGACACUGUGCACAAGCUCGAACAAGAUCUGGCCGAACUUAAAAAGUCUGCAAUCAACUUGAGCAAUUCUGUCACUUCGACAAGACCAAAGUCGUACAAACUUUUUAUGGAAAAGAACAUAGAGAUCAGCAGAGACGGCGGUUGCAAAGUUAUGGUCCAUGGCAAACGGAUCAAGUCACUGAUGAUAACGCAGAAAUCAACGCAGAGUCUCUUUCCCGGAUACGGCAUCCGAUUUAUUGAUUCCACAACAUUCCGACCGUCAAAUGAGUUCCUGCAUGCAUCGACAAAACAAAUGCGAGACUUGUGCUUGGACAACGAUGACGACCACUUACUGACGACCUCGUUGGACAAGGGUGCAAAGCUGUUCAGCGUUCAGCAACGGCGCGUUGUAAGCACAUUUUCGCCCGACGACCAAUCGUUUUGGGCGGCUGCCUUCGACUGUGACCGACCGAAAUUCGUUUAUUUGGGAGCCGAGCGCGGUGGAAGCACCUUCAUUUAUGACAUUCGGAAUCCGCAAACAUUCGUUCAAGAACUGAAAGCCGAGGACGACAAGAGUCCCAUUAUCAAAAUUUGUCCGAUGCCUUCACGAGACGACUUCCCAUUCGGUGGUUUUUUUGUGUGCAAACUGAGCAGCGUUUGGUUUUACGAAUUCGAUGCAGCACAGCAGACGAUCGGCACAAAGCUGGCGGUGGAUGGUCCAUUUAUUUCAAUGAGUUACGAGGCGCAGACUCAACACAUUGUCAUAUCUGCUAGACCAACGAGUAAUCAUAGAAAGUCUCGCUUCAUUGUUGCAGAACUAAUGAAAGUGGAGGACUCAACGCAUAUACGGAUAUGGGGAACAUGUCUGGGUUCGACUGUACAAUCGGCUAUGCGGCGUAGCGCUCAGAUUCGUAUUGACGACAAGAAUUCGAUUGUUGCCGCAUAUUUGGAGGACACGAAAUCGUUGUGCACAUGGACCGCACCGAACUGUGCCCGAAUGACAACGGCUUCGUUGGGCGACCCAGUGGUGGAUCUUUGUCCGAUAUAUUCAUCAGUCAAUACGUAUCUGACGGCUCUGUCGGACAACAGGUGUCGAGUUUAUAAAUUAGAAGUUUCGGAAACUUAGUUUUAAGAUUUUGGUUUUGCUUUACGUUUGUUUUGAUACUCAGAUAGCGUUGAGCGGUAAGGCGCAAGAGCGCAAAUUAUCAAUAAAUUUACGAGACUAGCCAUAA